CCUCACUGCCAAGCUGAACUUUGAUCUAUCGAAAACGAUCCAUUGUCUGAUUACUUUGACACUCAUUUGAAAUCGCUGCACCACAUGAAGUUUGCAUGACAAUAAAGGAAUUGUAGGUCUGCAAUACGUCUUUGUGUUUACUAUAACAGUAACCAAUCGAUCGCGGAAGCUCGAUCUAGCGCGCAAGUGCCUCUUUCUGGAGUAGCCUAUGUUAUGUAUCUAUACAAUGUUUUAUUUCUCUCUCUUAGAUCAUCUCAAAGGAGUUAUUUCGUAACAUGGGCCUGGCACUUUUAACAGUGAUGUUAGUUACACCUGUGGUGCUAACGAACUUGAGGACAUGCUUUCUGGUCUUUACCUGCGUCGGCCUUACACUGGUUAACAUCAUGGGAACAAUGUAUUUCUGGGAUCUGACAAUCGAUAUAGUGACCACCAUGUUCCUUGUGUUGGCGGUUGGUCUGUCUGUGGAUUACGCGUCUCAUGUAGGACACAUGUUCAUGACGAUAGCUGGCUCGCGAAUGGAACGAGCCCGCGUUACUCUUCGUGACAUUGGACCAGCGGUAUGGAAUGGUGGCUUUAGUACGUUCUUGGCUGUAGUACUUCUGAUCUUUUCCAAAUCUUAUGUCUCCAUGACUUUCUUUAAGGUGAGUAGUUAUUUGGAGAGAACUAUAAGUACGGGAGUUCAGAUGGUAGCGCGCGAGUGAAAUUAUCAAUUGUCAAAACUGGAAUUAAAGAUAAAGUAGUUUGCACUUGGCGCAAACCUCUUCACAGAGCCGGAACAUAUUCAGAUUUGUGUAGCAUGCUAGCAUAAGCAGUUAUUGCUUACAGGGCACCCCCCCCC